GCUACAGCAAUAGCAGUAAAUGUCUGCCCAUCGAUCGGAGAAGGGGUCGUUUUUGGGUGGCUCCAGACUGUUUGUGCCCCAUACCCCACCCAAACGCCUGCUGCGAUGGAGCAGUUUACAGUGCGCGUCAGUAUCGGUAUUUCAUGAGAGCGUGAGCAUAACGAGGAGGUACCCCUCAAAAACGAAUGUGUUUGUAAACGCUUCAUUUGAGUGAGAAAUCUUUCCUUCUCUUGCUCGCACACACACAACAGAAGCAGCUGCGAAGAUCACGAGGUUUUCCACGAACAGCCACCGGAGAGUGAGAGGAAAAACUAGUAGUCGAAUGUUUUUGUUAGUCGCUGUCAGUUAUUGUGAUCGUUUAGAGAAGCACAAAUGUUAUUAAUCACUUUUGCAUGAAGUCUGCCACACCGGUCGUCGUGGUACGCUUUAGCUUAAUACGCUGAACCCGUUCCGUCCGUCGAGUUGAGUUUCGUUGGCUGGUCGCGAGUUCAAACGUCUGCGCCGCUAACAUUCGCCCUAUCUCUGUCAUGCUUGCGGCAGAUCCGAGCGAUUGUCGCGCCACCGCGCGCGAUGGAUGAUGUGAAAUGAGCACAUGCGAUGGGAUAAUGUAAUCCUUGGUGAUAGCACAAUAGACAAUACGACCGUAAUGAUUGUCUUUUGAAUUCCUGUGCACAGUUGAGUGUGUAUGUGAUAGGUUGUUGAAUUUAUGAUCACACGUCACCCUUUUAUGGGAGCAAUUGGUACUGAUUUGAGUUGAUAGUUUUUAUUGUCAUCCACGAAUGGCAGCUAAUCGCUGAGUUUGUACCACUGAAUGCACUGUAGUCACCAGUCAAUACAUAACCGAUCACGGUAACGAGAAUAGUUAUGAAUAAGUCCAGUGAAAACCAUUAACCUUCGUUAUCGUGCUGCAAAAAAACACAGAAAAUAUGGCAGCAGCAAUUGUUCGGUGGAAAUAAAAAGUAGACAAAAAUGGAUUAAUUUACAUAACUUCAACUAAAUGUGGAUUUAUUGCAUCUAAAUGGAUAUAAAUCUAGCUCAGGGGAUUAUAAUUUAGUGAUUUAUGUUGUUUUUAUUCCAUGUUUUGCUUUGUUUUCGUCGACCCCACUCUCGUUCUCGCUGGAUACCGACCUGAAUACAAUGAGAAAAAAAAAACGGAUUCCAGUGGAAAAUAUUACCCUCUGCAGUGUGAAUAAAAUUAUGGCCGUGAUUACUGCUGUGGAUAAAUUUAUGUAUUUUUCCUCGGGCCAGAGCGCGCAGUGAUUUUAUUUACGUGCUACAUAUCAUAGUGCUGUGUGAAAAUAUUGGGUCGUCACUUCGCCGGUGCCUCGUCAACAACGCUAUGCGCAAUUGUGUACAUCAUGAAAUACGGAGCAAUAAAAGUGAAGUGAAAGCAAAAGUGACAAAUAAACAACGCAACCCGGAGGAAGUUGGAUUUAUAGCUUCAUGAUUAAUGGAACUUACUACAACCAUGUGGUGUAGUGUUUACACUCAUGUCCCCUGAUAAGCGAAUUAGAUUUAAUUAUAAAUUCCCAAAAGCCGUUGGAAAACAAGUGUCAUUACAAAAUAAGCAAGCAGACAACAGUAAGAAGCAUCCGGAAAGUAAACCAGUUCUUCACUAGACGGUUGCGUUGCGGGUUGGGGAUUAAUCGAGAAAUAAUACACUGCAAAAAUUACACCGCUUAGAAUCACACCCAAACGAAACAAUGUUGACGUCCAGCAAUCAGUACAUACGGCCGGAAUAUCUAUCACCUUUACCGAACACGUUCGACUCCAAAACCAGUCCUUUGGCCUUGUUAGCACAGACAUGCAGCGCCAUCGGUUCCGAUUCGCCAAACCCAAAGUUGCUGGCCAACAUCGAGAAAAGUACAAAAAAUAGCCGUGACAAGCUUUCACCCGGUACAUUAUCAAACUGUUCUUCGAGCGACACGCCAAAAUCCAGCUUCAAACCAUACGAAUCAUCAAAUCAUGAUCAGACUAAAUCUCCCGAUGACGGUCGACAGAUGGGCUCGCGAAACAAAUCACCCAAACAGCCUAGCACAUUCCAUCAGCAGCCAGCAAAUGGCCGUUGCGAAUCAAACCAAAGUGCUACUUCAUCUCGAGCUUCUCCGUCGAGUAAUAAUCGUAAAACUCCCGGUUAUCUGCAAUCGAAUGAAGAACGUGUGAAUAGUCCAAACUGUGCCUCAUCCAAAGAUUCGCCGACCAACAACGAAGAACGGCUGAUUGGAUCAACUGAUCCUGUGACUUCAAAAGCAACUUCAGAGGCACCCUCUAGAUAUUUCAAUAGCAGCAGUAGCGAAUCCAUAGCGAAAAUGACCACAUCAGCUCCUUCACUAGUAUCAGUGGGUCCAUCAUAUUAUUCCGCUUAUGGAAGUUAUCCAAUGGAUCUUAUGACUGCUAGUGCUCUCAUGACUCCACACCACCAAAUGAUGAAAGCAGCCGCCAUGAAUCCUUACUUCAACUACGCCAAAAUGAAAGCUUCAGAGUCGAUGAUGCCGGUAUGCCGAGACCCAUACUGUACUGGUUGUGCCUUAAGCUCUCACAUGCUGGGAAAGCUUGGGACGUCUAGCUGUCCAGCAGGAUGCACUCAAUGUGACCACGCAGGAAGUAAAAACUAUUCUCCUGUAGCUGCUGCAGCUUCUCUAGCUGCCAGUCAAUCAUCUGCUGCCAUGUACGCUCAUGCUCAACUUGCUGCACUUGCGGCAGCCUCCCAGCUGCCUUACGUGUGUAAUUGGAUUGGAAGUGACUCGUCCUACUGCGGUAAACGAUUCGCUGCCUCUGAAGAGCUAUUCCAACAUCUUCGGACGCAGCAUGCAGCGGCAGCCUCAAUGUCAGAAGCGCUACUAAAUCCAGCCACAGCGGCUGCUGCAGCAGCUGGAUUACCUCCGACACACCCACUGUUCCAAAGAUCCUACUCAACACCUCCGCUAAGUCCACUGUCCACAGCACGUUAUCAUCCGUAUGGAAAACCUUUCUCCCUCUCUCCUGCCUCAUUAGCCGGACUCCCAAUGCCACCACAUCCGUCGCUAGCGCAGUAUUUUCAUCCAUAUUCAUUUUAUGGGGCACGGUUAAACGGGUCAAACAAUAUGCACCCAUGAGUUCUGCCACUCUCGUCUCUAAGCAUGGUUGUUCUAAGUUUGUACAUAGUAGAGCGUUUUGUCUAAGAUGUUAUCUGUAACUUUUAAUGUAACAAAACACAUAAAAAGAAACUUUGUCUAAACUCUAGGUACUCUAUUGCAAUAUUUCAAAGAGAAACGAAAUAAAAUUAUUU